GUAAGAUAUGAAUGUGUGAAUGUAUGAGUGAAAGAUGCUGUAUGCCUAUGUUUUGCCAAUGUUUUACCUAUCAGUAAAAGGACUGGCAAAGACGUUUUUAGCUCAGCCAAAAAGAAAACGAAUCCAAUACUGUGGGACAAAAUCGAUAUGCUGUCUCUAGUUGUUUCCAACUAGUGGUGUAUGCUUUUGCAAAUUUUACCAAUUAUUCAAAGUGCUUUUUUAAAAAAAAUUAACUCAUUUUACGUGGUUUUGUUGUGUUUUGAUUCUGUGUGUCUGCUUACUUCAUUAAUUAUACACAAAACAGAACGAGUUUUUUGAAUUUCUAAUUGUGAACCAAUUCUGUCGAUUAAUAAUUGUGAAACUAGGAAAUGGAGCUAUAAAAUGAAAUUUCAAUAGAUGUAUAUGUAAAGUCCUAGUGUUUUUAAAUCAGGUCUUCCUUAAAAUAAGCAUAAUUUACGAAAAUCAAAUCACCUCACUUGAAUAAAUAAAAAAUAAAUCCAUUCAUCGACUGAUAAUCUGAAAGAUGGAUAAGUUAACUUUCUUGAACAAGUUCCGAUCAUUACCAAUUCCACCAGUGAAGAAUUUUUUAAAUGUAGCUGUACAGACAGCUCGACAAACUAUGCCUGAUAAGCCGAAUAAAGGAGAAUAUGUCGAACCGAAUGGCCCACCCCCUGUUCCUCCAAGACCCCAAAGUGUUCAUUUUUCAGAUGAUAUCCAACGAAGCCAGCACAUUGAACAUCAUGAACUCAAUCCCUUUAACACUACAAACCCGUUCGGACAAGAAACUAAUGGGACUCAAGAAUGUACAUCAUUUAGUUAUGAACAAGGUUAUCAACGCUCAGAGAAUUACUUGAAUCGUCAGCCAAGUGUUGCAUCAACUGAAAGUUCAUUUGUCGGUGGUGAGGGAGCUUCAAAUGAAAAAAUUAACGAAUUUCAAGCCGCUUGGAAUGUCACAAAUGCUAUUCAAGGCAUGUUCAUAGUUUCCUUGCCAUUCGCUGUUCUUCGUGGUGGGUAUUGGGCCAUUAUAGCUAUGGUUGGAAUUGCACAUAUUUGUUGCUAUACAGGAAAGAUUUUAGUUCAGUGUUUGUAUGAACCAGAUCCAAACACAGGUGAAAUGGUUCGCGUUCGGGAUAGCUAUGUAUCAAUAGCAAAAGUGUGUUUUGGUCCAAAAAUCGGGGCCCGUCUUGUUAGCAUUGCUCAGAUUAUUGAAUUAUUAAUGACUUGUAUCUUAUAUGUGGUCGUAUGUGGUGAUUUAAUGAGUGGAACAUUUCCAGAAGGCGCUCUUGAUUCUAGAUCGUGGAUGAUGUUAUGUGGAAUCUUUUUGUUACCACUUGGAUUACUAAAAUCAUUGCACAUGGUAUCUGUUUUGUCCUUUUGGUGUACGAUGUCACAUUUGGUAAUUAAUGCAGUUAUUCUGGGAUACUGUUUAUUGGAAAUUGGAGAUUGGGGCUGGUCCAAAGUCAAAUGGAGUAUUGACAUGGGGAAUUUCCCGAUUUCCCUUGGUGUUAUAGUGUUUUCAUAUACAUCACAAAUAUUCUUACCAACACUCGAAGGUAACAUGAUUGAUCGAUCAAAAUUUGAAUGGAUGUUGGACUGGUCACACAUUGCAGCAGCCGUAUUCAAAGCAUUGUUUGGAUAUUUAUGCUUUUUAACAUUUCAAAAUGAUACACAACAAGUAAUCACGAACAAUCUUCAUUCGAGUGGUUUUAAGGGGUUGGUUAAUAUGUUUUUAGUUAUUAAAGCAAUACUCAGUUAUCCAUUGCCAUAUUAUGCUGCUUGCGAAUUACUUGAACGUGCAUUUUUCCGAGGUAAACCAAAAACGUCAUUUCCAACUAUUUGGGCGCUCGACGGUGAAUUGAAAGUCUGGGGUUUUGCAUUUCGUGUUGGUGUUAUUGUUGGCACGAUAUUAAUGGCAAUAUUUAUUCCACAUUUUUCAAUCUUAAUGGGUUUUAUUGGAAGCUUUACUGGCACAAUGCUGAGUUUCAUAUGGCCAUGUUACUUCCAUUUGAAAAUAAAAGGUCACUUGCUAGAUCAACAACAACGUGCUUGGGAUUACUUUAUUAUAUCACUGGGCAUAUUAUUUGGCGUUAUAGGUAUUUAUGACUCAGGAAAUGCUUUAAUUGAAGCAUUUGAAAUCGGUUUACCUUUUUAAAACUUUUAAAGUAAAACUAAAAUAAACACAAAUUUAAUUGACUCAACUGAAGUGAACUUUAAACCCAUCCAAUAAUUUAGUUUGGUUAGUAUUCAAAAUUAGCCUUUUGGUUUUGUUGUUUUCCACUUUCUUUGCAUGAAAUUUAUUUAUUCCAAAUUAACAAUGUGUUCAUUUCAAAACAUUGAAUAACAUUGAUAGAAAUUUGUUAUUCAAUAUUGUAAUAAUGUAAUUUCUUCACUUUGUAGUCGUCCAUUUGAUAUGUUUGCAUUUUGGUGGCCAGAUGACUUUGUUUUCUCAAACUCAUGAAAAUAACAAGAAUGUCCUCGAUAUUCGGAAACUCUCAACGUAUUUUUUUAAAUUCAAAUCUAACAAACAUUGCUCUCAUUAAAUUUUUUUUUUUUUUUUGAACACAGAAGUUUUUGUCAAAACAGGAUUUUUUGUAUCAAGUUAUUUCAGAUCACAAAUCUGACUUGAAGCACUUGUUGCUGAAAAAUGGAUGGAUAAAAACAUACCUUCCUAUCUUUAUAUUCAAUAAUCAUAUAGUUCGGUUUUAUGAAGGAUUAAGACACCAAAAUAUUAUAGAAUAUAAAUGUUUCAUGCAGUUUUUUAUCUUCCUAAAGUUUCAAUACUAGAAUUUAAAAAUUGUUCACGAUUUUCCUCGUUUUCAUUCCAAAUCAUAGAUUUUGAUCCGGAACAUCUGGCCACCUUAUAUCUUGUUGACAAAAUAUACUAAUGCUAUCAAAUGAAAGUUAUGAUAUUUAAGUUGAACAAGUUGUAUUAAAAUCGAGUGGCAAUUCAUUUCGACUAAUACUUAUAAAUUAUAUGACAAUAAUAAUGCUAUUAAAAAUUAUGAGGCAAACGAAGUCUUCCAGAAUAAAACAAAAAUAAUUGACAAUAAUAUCUUCCGGGGUACAUAAGACAAAAAUGUAUGCCAUUGAUAAAAUAUAUAUAGUUAUUUAAAGUUAAUAUAAAAAUAUAUAAAGUUAUAAUUUAAUAGAUAAUCAAAAUUUAAAACUGCAUAUAGAGAUAAAACUAUAAAUGGAGGACAUACAUUGCCGUUUGAGACCACAUAAAUUUACAAAAUAAGAGUGGGGAAAAAAUUACUAAAAUUUCACCUCAAUAUAUCUUCUAAUUUCAAAACUACAUCUGUACAUCUGUUUGAAAGAAUGUAUAAAAUCUGAUGCAUUUUAUAUAAAAAUUCAUUUUUUAAACGAGUAUUUUUGAAACUAUUUGAUAGUUUUCAAAAAAACUGAACUGAUACUGAAAUAUGUUUUUGGACCUAAAGGUCUGAAUAUGACUACAGUCAUAUUGAGAUUGUAAUAACAUCCAACAAAGUUAAACAAAUGCUAAAAUGUUAAAAGUUACAAUUUGUGGAAAGACAUUACUGAACAGCAUUGUCCUCCAUAUAUAAAUAUAACGAAGUCUUCCAAAAAAGUUCAAUUAAAAUCAUAUCUAUUAGUGGAAUUAUUAAUAUACAAAAAUUUGUGAAAAAAAUUAUUAUACAUAUAAAUUUAACCUAUUGUAAUCGAAAACUUCCAACAAAAUAAUACUUUUAAAUACGCAA